AUGGGUUGUACCAUUUAAAAGAAAGUAAGAGAAAAACAUGUCAAUUCAUAAUAACAAUUAAGUAUAGCUACUUAGGAAGUCUAAAAAAAAUAAUCUUCGCCUAAAAUAGAAAAUAUGACAAUUGAAACUCCCUCUCAGCUUAAUCUAAGAGCCCAGAGACUUAAAGAUGUGAGACACAUUUUACUGAAUGGAUAUCCAAAUUCUCCCAAAAGUAAAAUUAGUAGAAAGGAAUCUGGACAAAUUUCAUAGAUUGAAUAAAGAAGGAUUUGA